AUGACUUUGCACAAUGACACUAAUGCCGCCUCCCGGUUCCCCCAGGAGUACCCUCUGGAAAUGAAUACCCACGGCCUGAACGAUCCCACCCUGCAGAAGCUACUGCUCUCACGUUUUCAUCUAAUGCUUGAGAACAAGUACUACUACUCUCUGGCCCCAGCAUCUAACCCCAGGGAAACAUGCUGUUUUGGACCAAAGUGUAUCAGCACAGUGGCUGUCCCCAUGGGCUUUGGAGGUGAUAGGCCUUUCAAGCUACUUGGAAUUUUAGAUGUCGAAAACAUUCCCUGUGCACGGGAGUCGAUAUUAUAUGGUUCGUUAGGAUCGGUUGUGGCUGGCCUUGGACAUUUUUUGUUAACUAGUAGAAUUAGAAGAUCAUGUGAUGUUGGAGUAGGAGGAUUUAUCUUAGUGACUUUAGGAUGCUGGUUCCACUGUAGGUAUAAUCAUGCAAAGCAAAGAAUCCAAGAAAGAAUUGCCAGAGAAGGUAUUAAAAAUAUGAUACUAUAUGAAAGCACCCACCUUGAUCCUGAAAGAAAACAAAGCAACAGCAACAGAAACAGUUAAGCAAUCUUGAUCGUAGAGAACCUGAAGUUAGUGUGAACACAGCUGAGAUCAACCACAUUAAAACAUUUAAUGUACAGUAAGAAAGCUCUCAAUCAAGUAAAUGUGUAAGCUGGAGUCUUCUUUUCACACAUUAAACUUGCCAAUUCACUCUGGCCUUGCAUCUGUGUCAGUCUAACAUUCUUCUGUGUUACACAUAUGGUAGACCUAUCAUACUUAAAAUAUUACAAAUUUACUUGCCAGUAUAAUUUAGAAUUAUAAAGCCUAGUAUUUAAUGUACUUGAAAAGUUUCCUUGUAAUACAUAAUGGACUGAAAUUAAGUCUCCCCCAGUUGGAUUUUUAAACUUGCCUUAAAAACAAAAAUCACAACCUUAUCACUGUAUACACUAUAGUGUUAAAAAUUACCAAGUAUUGGGACCAGCAGUUA